UUUUUUUUUUUUUUUUUUUUUUUUCUUUUCCCUCUCUGUGCAAAUCUUGGAAAAGCUUUUUUCUUUUUUCUUUCUUUAUCUUUUUUGGCUUUUAAGGGACUUACAAAAACCUCUUUCAAGCUUGUUAGUGUGUAGUCAAGCAUGCAGAGAACGAGAUAAACACUCUCCCAAAACUAGGGUUUUGCCUUCUUCUUUUUUCCCAUUUGUUUUUUUUUUUCCAAACUUCCCUCAAUCAUUGAUUUAAGCACCUAACUUGAGCUGGUUUUAUAGACCUUAGAGAGAGAAAAUUGAUUAGGAAGAAGAGAUAGAAGGAGAAGGAUAGAGAACGAAGAGAUAAGCUGGAUAUUAAAAAAAGAAAAAGGGUUCGGGUUUGCUUGCCUUCUCUCUCUUUCUUUCUCUCCAAACAAACAGAAUCCCUCAAGUUUUUCAUCUUUCACACAGAGAGAGAGAGAGUUGGAGAGACAUUUUGGUUUUAAACCAUUUGUCUCCCAUCUUAUACUCUCCUACUCAUUUUUUCCUCUUUUGGGUUUUUAUUUUUAUUUUUAUUUUUUUUGACUUUUUUAUUUUCUUUCCCUCUUCAAAUACUGAUUUUUCAAGGUAGUUUCCGAGAGACCCACUUCGGUUUUUUUGUUUUUGGGGACAUCUAUUUGAAGUUUCAUGUUUUUGGGUUGUGAGCAAAUUAUGCGGUGGGAUAUAGAAAUCCCAAACCUAUGGCUUCUCGGGGAGUGAGUGAGUGAAGCGAAAAAUCAGUGAAAUCAAGCAUAUUUUUUGUUUCUCAUUUUGGAAAAAGUGGUGGCUGUAAAUUUUUGUAAAGAGUUUUGAAGUCGCAGAGAGAGAGAGAGAGAGAGAGAGAGAGCAAGCAAGCCAAAAAUAAAAAAGAAAAAAGUGUGCUAGACAAGGCAAAGAAAAGAUUACUGCUAGGUAGACGGAAAAAUCUCAAAGGAAAAGGAAAAAAAAAAAAGAAAGGGGAAGGGGUUGGUUUCAUUUGAUGAGUUUUGGGGGUUUUCUAGAGAAUAGUACCGGCGGUGGUGGCGGUGCCAGAAUAGUGGCUGAUAUAUCCUAUACUACUACCAGUACUAAUAGUCCCAACUCCAACACCAUCAACAACAACAACAACCACAAUAUGCCCUCUACCACCGCACUCGCUCAGCCUCGUCUUGUCACUCAAUCUCUCACCAAAUCCAUGUUCAACUCUCCCGGACUCUCUCUCGCCCUUCAAACAAAUACAAAUAUAGAUGGACAAGGGGAUCAUCACCACCACCAUCAUCAAGUGACAAGAAUGGGUGAGAAUUUCGAGACGAACGUAGGGAGGAGAAGCAGAGAGGAAGAGCACGAGAGCAGAUCUGGAAGCGACAACAUGGAUGGUGGUUCGGGCGACGAUCAGGACGCCGCCGACAACCCUCCCCGUAAAAAACGCUACCACCGACACACCCCUCAGCAAAUCCAAGAACUCGAAGCUCUCUUCAAGGAAUGCCCUCAUCCCGAUGAGAAACAGAGAUUGGAGCUUAGCAGACGGCUUUGCUUAGAGACUCGGCAAGUCAAAUUCUGGUUCCAAAAUCGCCGAACCCAGAUGAAGACCCAACUGGAAAGGCACGAGAACUCGCUGCUGAGGCAAGAAAACGAUAAGCUACGAGCGGAAAACAUGUCGAUCAGAGACGCCAUGAGAAACCCAAUUUGCUCCAACUGCGGAGGACCCGCCAUCAUCGGCGAGAUUUCACUGGAAGAGCAGCAUCUCAGAAUCGAGAAUGCGCGUUUAAAAGACGAGUUGGAACGAGUCUGCGCGCUCGCCGGGAAGUUUCUGGGCCGGCCCAUUUCGUCCUUAGCGACCUCAAUUGCACCUCCCUUGCCAAGCUCAACUUUAGAACUCGGGGUCGGAACUAACGGGUUCGGCAAUUUAAGCACGGUAGCUACCACAAUGCCUUUGGGUCCCGAUUACGGAAGUGGGGGAGGGAUUUCCGGUUCUUUAACGGUGGUGCCACCGCUGCAACAGCCUCCUACGACGACGAGACAGGCGGCUUCGGUUUUGGAUAGGUCGAUGGAGAGAUCUAUGUUCCUAGAGCUGGCUUUGGCAGCCAUGGAUGAGUUGGUGAAGAUGGCACAGACAGAUGAGCCGCUUUGGAUGAGAAGCUUAGAAGGAGGAAGAGAAAUUUUGAACCGUGAAGAAUACCUAAGGACUUUCAGUCCUUGCAUUGGAUUGAAACCCAAUGGUUUUGUCUCCGAGACUUCUCGGGAAACUGGUGUGGUCAUCAUCAACAGCUUGGCUCUCGUUGAAACCUUGAUGGACUCGCAUCGUUGGGCUGAGAUGUUUCCUUGUGUGAUAGCUAGAACCUCAACGACUGAUGUGAUAUCCAGUGGAAUGGGUGGAACAAGAAAUGGUGCACUUCAACUGAUGCAUGCUGAGCUGCAAGUGCUAUCGCCAUUGGUGCCGGUUCGGGAAGUGAAUUUCCUGCGCUUCUGCAAACAGCAUGCAGAAGGUGUUUGGGCUGUCGUGGACGUGUCCAUUGACACCAUCAGGGAAACUUCUGGUGCACCUCCCUCUUUUCUCCAUUGCAGGAGGCUUCCUUCUGGAUGUGUUGUUCAAGAUAUGCCUAAUGGCUACUCCAAGGUGACGUGGGUUGAGCAUGCAGAGUACGACGAGAGCCUGGUUCACCAACUCUACCGGCCAUUGUUGAGCUCCGGUAUGGGCUUCGGAGCUCAGCGUUGGGUGGCCACCCUUCAGCGUCAGUGCGAGUGCCUUGCCAUUCUCAUGUCCUCCACCGUCCCAGCCCGAGACCAUACCGCAGCAGCAGCUAUAACGGCGAGUGGGAGGCGAAGCAUGCUGAAGCUGGCGCAGAGAAUGACGGACAACUUCUGCGCAGGGGUCUGCGCCUCCACGGUUCACAAAUGGACCAAGCUCAACGCCGGGAACGUUGACGAGGACGUGCGAGUCAUGACGAGGAAGAGCGUCGACGAUCCCGGCGAGCCACCGGGUAUCGUCUUGAGCGCAGCGACAUCGGUUUGGCUUCCCGUGUCCCCUCAGAGGCUCUUCGAUUUCUUACGAGAUGAACGGCUGCGCAGCGAGUGGGACAUUCUAUCCAACGGUGGGCCCAUGCAGGAGAUGGCCCACAUCGCGAAGGGUCAAGAUCCUGGCAACUGCGUCUCCCUCUUGCGGGCUAGCGCAAUGAACGCGAACCAAAGUAGCAUGCUGAUACUUCAGGAGACUUGCAUAGACGCGGCGGGAUCGCUUGUGGUUUACGCGCCGGUGGACAUCCCGGCUAUGCACAUCGUGAUGAACGGUGGGGACUCUGCUUACGUGGCACUCCUCCCCUCCGGGUUCGCAAUCGUCCCUGAUGGGCCGGGAUCGCGUGGGCCCAUGGCGACGACAACAUCGAAUGGCAACAAUGCCAGCAGCAACGGCGGUGAUGGUCCGCACAGAGUGAGUGGGUCCCUUCUCACGGUUGCUUUCCAGAUCCUUGUGAACAGCUUGCCUACAGCCAAGCUUACGGUGGAGUCGGUGGAGACCGUCAACAAUCUAAUUUCGUGUACGGUUCAGAAGAUCAAAGCCGCUCUUCACUGUGAAAGUUGAUGAUGUUGGGUCACGUGGGCGGCGUCACGUGGACAAAGCUCGACCAGUUCUUUUUUUAGCUUUUUUUUUUUAUGUUCCCCUUUUUUUUAAUUUAAUUUUUAAUUUUUAACAUUGACUAGUUUGGGUGGGGUUGUGUGAAAGUAAAAGGGAAAGAAAAGGACUUUGGUUUGGCGAGUUGCGUUGAGUUGAGAUGAAUGGGACUGAGUUUGGAGUUUGGGGGUGUUGAGUCAAGAACGAACCGCGCGAAGAGACUCCUUGCAUGGUGAUAAGAGUAGUUUAUCUCGCCCGAGUUGACUCUGACUCGGCGAGUUCGUAAGUGGUUCUUAGCACAAUGCAAGGGUGGUGGUUCGGGUAUUGACUCUGGUCAACCCCCGAGUUGGCUCAACUGAAAAAAAGGAAAAAAAAUGUGGAAUUUCAAAUUUAGAAUUGUUAAUUAAUUUAUUUUUCUGUAUGAAUUAUUAAUUUCGUGAUUAAAUAUUAAAUGACUGUUUAAACC